AUGGCAAGUUAUCAGGUUUCAAUGAAUAACGGUAUUUGCCAGAAUCCGGGACCUGUGCCUAGACUUCCAUCAUUUCGACAAUUAAAUGAGACGUUGAAGGAUAUAGAGUUUGUUUCGCCAACACAGAGAGUUGUACAGCAUCCAUCUUCAAUCAGAAAUCUGGCGUUAUUUGAGGAUAGCCAGCCUGCCCCACAGAAUUCAUCAAUAGAUACAAGCUCGAAUGGGCGCUCAUUUGGCAAAGGUCAAGAAUACAUGUAUGGAACUCCUAUUUACGGCAGACAUGAAAGCUAUCCCAAUCAGUACUACACCUCGAAGAACGAAGUAAGUCUACCAUCGUACUCCACUUCGCCCUCGUCGAUCGAAAGCUUGGAUAUAUCGAAAACGGAACAGGAUAGGGGCCAACCACACAAAGAGAACGACUACAAAUUCGUGUCUGAGUUGAUUAAAUUUUUUACAUAUUUCGAGCUGAAGUGUAAGGAAAUCAAUGUUUUGCUGUACUACACCUAUGAAAACACUGGACACACCUUUGAGAAUGUUUUACAGAGAAUGAAAUCUGCUGAAAUCGACCAGGUAUUGAAUAACCUUCGAAAGGUAUCGGGACUAUUGGAGGAUGUGAAGCGGCAUAAGGAUAAAAAACAACUUUUGAUGGGAUCGAAAGUUGCAAAGGCUCAGAGUGGGAACAGUGCCAGUGCUGGUAUAAAAAGAGGAUUGAGUCAGCACAUGUUGAACAGUUGUGCACAAAAGAAAAAUCGGAGAAAGAAUUUGAAGAUGGAACCCUUUUUGAGUGGUGGUAAUUUAUUGCCAGGUAAUGUUAGUACGGAUCCAAAUGAUGCGUGCUUGUAUUUUGAAAGAAAAAACCAAUUUGAAGAAAGCAGGGUUGGCCCAGACUCGACUCUCAAACCAGAGGUGGUUUGUCAGCACUGCCAUUCAAAGGAGACACCUGAAUGGCGAAGGGGACCCGAAGGAAGUAGGACUUUGUGCAAUGCUUGUGGAUUGUUUUACUCCAAGUUGAUAAAGAAAUACGGUUUGCAUGAGGCUGAUAAAAUCAUGCUCGAGCGGAAGCAAACAGGGGCUGUGAAUGAUAGAAGGAUAUUUUGA